AACAACAACUCUGUUUUUAUAUUACAACGGCUUAGCAGGGAAGUCAGUUACUGUGUCUGUUGCAGUUCUGCUGAAAUUCACAAAUUCCCUAAUUUUAAAACAAAUGAUUUCUCUGUUUCAGCUGCAGGCUCGUUUGGUGAUGAGUGUCAUUGCAGUCCUGUCUGUGAAUAUUGUGACAGCCAACAUGUUCCUGAGUGUCUUCUUUCUUUCAGGUGUUUGGGCUGCUUGUUCUGAGCCAGCAGCUCUCAUCAUUUCUGCACCACAGAAGAUGGAAGCACUGAGUGGAUCUUGUUUGCAAAUCCCAUGUAACUUUAGUGCUAAAUCAGAACAAGAGUUUGACAGCAGAAGAGAAACCUUCGGAGUGUGGAUUAAAAGUGAUUCUAAGUUUAGCAUCAAUCCAAACAAUGUGAUUUUCAACAGUAGUGGGACAGUUAACACCUAUCCAAUGAGGAUUACUGGAAAACUGAGUCAGAAAAACUGCACCACUCUGUUUUCCAGUUUAAAUACAAGUUAUACAAACACAUACUUCUUCAGAAUUGAGAACAAACUAUUCAUGGCAACAGCAUCUUGUGAUCCUCUUCAAAUAACAAUUAAAGAUUCUCCUCCAAGCCCCAGAAUUGAGAUCCCAGCUGAUCUGAAGGAGAAGCAGUCUGUCACUAUAACCUGCUCAGCUUCCACUCCCUGUCCACACUCCCCUCCUAAACUCACCUGGAACCUCCAACAAGACUCUCACAGCAACACAGAGGAAAACACAGAUCGAACCUUUACAACUAAAAUCCAGGAGACCAUCACUCUGUCAGACCAACAUGAUGGAUACAACAUCACCUGUUCUGCCAGAUAUCCUGUGAAUGAAGGAAAAGAUGUCAAGACAGCAGAGGAGAGAAAGACUCUCAGUGUUUCAUGUAAGACAAGCAGAGUUUGUUAUUGGAUCCUGUCAGCACAU